UUGUGCAACACAUUGUUGAGGAACAUAACCACUCAAUGGUUGAGCCCAAGUAUAAGCAGUUUAUGAAAGUAAAUAGGAAUCUGGAUUUUGUGCAUCUUAAGUUUGCUGAGGACUAUGUUAAAGCUAAUAUUGGUCCUACAAUGACCUUUAAUCUCCUGAAAGAGGUUAUGGGGGGUUACGACGCUGUUGGCUGCACGGUAACUGACAUAAGAAAUAUUUCUCGUGAUAUGAAGUCAAGCAUGGAAGGAUAUGACGUUGAGAUUAUUUUAACUCAGAUGCGUACAAAAAAGGAGCUUUGUGAUGGUUUUUAUUACGCUUAUGAGCUAGACGCUGAUGAUAAGCUGACACGGCUGUUCUGGUCUGAUGCCGUGUCUAGAAGAAACUAUCAUAUGUUCGGUGAUGUUGUGUCUUUUGACACUACUUAUUCAACUAAUAGGUACUGUAUGAUUUUUACACCCUUUACUGCAUGUAUGGGUGCACAUCCUAGGCUAAUAAUUACAGACCAGGACCCAGCAAUGAAACCCGCAAUUGAAAAUGUUUUGAGGGGAACUCGUCAUCGUUGGUAUUUAUUAGAGCCUGAGGAAUUUGAAGAGUCGUGGAAUUCUGUUAUGGAACGAUAUGGUUUAGAGGAGGAAGGGUGGUUCAAGACCAUGUAUGGUCAUAGGCAGUUUUGGGUCCCCGCUUAUUUUAGAGAUCUACCGAUGGGUUGUUUGUUGAAGACAACUUCUAUAUCUGAAUCAGAGAAUAGUUUCUUCAAACGUUUUUCCAGGCCUCACUUUAAUCUGGUGGAAUUUAUGUUGCAGUAUGGUAAUGCGUUGGAUGCACAACGUAUCCAAACAACCAGGCUUGACUAUAUUGAUUCUACUAAUGUUCCAAGUCCCCUCACAGAGUUACCAUUUGAGAUGCAUGCUGCCACGAUCUACACGGAUAGUAUUUUUAAAAAGGUACAUGUAGAAAUUGUUGAAGCAUCUAAAAAUUGCAUGAUGACCCACAUGUCUGUUGAAACAAACAUUCGCGUUUAUAAAGUAACUGACCGGGGCCAUAGGACUUGGACUGUUACGAACAAUGCUGAGGAUGAUUUGUACGAGUGUCAAUGCAAGCUCUACCAGAGGUGUGGGAUUCUUUGUCGUCACAUAUUUUUUGUUUUCAAGAACAAUGAUGUGCAGUUGAUACCUGAAAUUUAUAUUGGAAAGAGGUGGCUGAAGAAACCUCUUUUAAUAUCUGUGCAUAGUUCUUCUACCUCAACUUUUCAGGAUCAGACAGAUUCCGUUUACGAUGAUAAGCAUAAUGCCACCAACAAACUGCACACAUCAUAUUACAGAUUAGUACAGAGAGUUGAGGGUAGCAUUGCUGAUAUUAAUGCAGUUAUAGCUGCGAUUGAGGAUGUUGAAAAUCAGCUUUUUGGUGAUGGUUCUUAUGUGAUGUCCGUGUUGGAGAAAAAGAAGAGGUUUGAGGAAUUGUAUGGUGUUGUGAGGCCUGAUAUUAUACAUGCUCAUCCGCCAAAUGUGGUGAAGUGUAAAGGAUCUGGAUCGAGGUUGCCUUCUAAGAUGGAGGCGGCGAAGAAGGCAGCAGCUAAACCUCCUAGACGAUGUGAGAAAUGCCAUAAAAUGGUUAAUCAUAAUUCAAGGAACUGCGGCAAAGAGAAGAGUAAAAAAUAAAAAUAAAUUAGUUGUUCCUAUUACUGUGGUUUCGGUUUAUUAGCAUUCUUGAUUCCGUGUUUGUAUGGAAGAAUAAUAAUCUCAAACAUAUGUUCUGAACGUUAUCUCAUUUUAUUUUCCA